ACACCUGUGACUGCAACACCCCCGUCGGCAUCGAUCUGCAGCUCGAGCUAGCUCUCUGAACUUCCGAGGAUCACCGGCGGCCACAGCGCCCAUUCCACGGUCGCCGCCGUCCAUGGAGCCCGUGUUCGCCGUCGUGCAAGAAUCGUCAGUGCCACUGCCGCCACAGCAGCAGCCGCAUCGGUUGGGCGAGACGAUGCCGGUCCAGGGCGGAGGCUGGCGCCGCCCGGCGCGCUGCGCGCUCGCCGUGCUCCUCUUCCUCGCCGUGACCGGCAACUUCGCGUUCGCCGCGUACCGCGCGCGCCACAACUCCCGUGACCUCGCGUUCGUGCUCGUCACAUACUUCCUCCUCGCCCUGCUCGUGUGCUGCGUCGCGAGGCUCGAGCAGCUGCGGCGGCGGGACCUCGCCGCCAGGGUGGCCGAGCGGCGGUGGCUCAGGAUCGGGGUGUGGGGCGUCUCUGUGGCGCUGGCCAACACGUUCGUGUCGCGCGUCGCCGACGCCAUGCCGAGGCUGGCGCUGAAGCUGGUGGUGUGGGGGGUCACCGUGGUGGUCCUCGGACUCGGGUUCUACUUCCUUUUCUUCAGCAAAGACGCUGAUCGCUGCUGUGACGGGGAGCUCGGCCGUGGCCAAGUUGAUGCCGACUGCAGGCCGGCGACGACGGCUUUGCACGGGCAAUCCCCGGAGGAGAAGGUCUAAUGGUUCAUCUGUGCAAGCCCGCGCGCGCGUACUGCUACAUCCUGGAAUCGGGGAAUCUCGCUAUUCUUUUGUUCUUGUGGCAUUCCAAAUAAUUGUGUACAUUCUGUGUCAUGUGAAGCAACAAAGAUCACAUAGAACCCUGUAAUGUAAUCUAGUUAAUCAGUUAAUGAAUAAUUCGUGGUA